AUGUCUUAUAGUAGAAAGAAGUUAUUAUUGAUGGGUAGAUCAGGAUCUGGUAAAUCAUCAAUGAGAUCAAUUAUUUUCAGUAAUUAUUCUGCAUUUGAUACAAGAAGAUUAGGUGCUACUAUAGAUGUUGAAUUAUCUCAUUUAAGAUUUCUUGGUAAUAUGACAUUAAAUCUUUGGGAUUGUGGUGGUCAAGAUGUAUUUAUGGAAAAUUAUUUUACUAAUCAAAAAGAUCAUAUUUUUAAAAUGGUUCAAGUUUUAAUUCAUGUAUUUGAUGUUGAAAGUAAAUCUAUAAAUAAAGAUAUUGAAAUUUUCGUUAAAAGUUUAACAAAUUUACAAAAAUAUAGUCCUGGUGCUAAAAUAUUUGUAUUAUUACAUAAAAUGGAUUUAGUUCAACUUGAUAAACGACUAGAAUUAUUUACUAUAAUGAUGGAUAAAUUACAAAAAAUAAGUAAUCCUUAUAAUUUUAAUCUUGUAGGAUUUCCAACAAGUAUAUGGGAUGAAUCAUUAUAUAAAGCAUGGUCACAAAUUGUUUGUUCUUUAAUACCAAAUAUUGAUGUAUUUAAUAAAAAUUUACUCAAAUUUAAUGAAAUUUUAGAUGCUGAAGAAAUUAUAUUAUUUGAAAAAACUACUUUUUUAGUAAUAUCAUCAACUGCAUCAAUUAAACAACAACAUGUACAAUCACAAGAAGAAUUGGAUCCAAAAAGAUUUGAAAAAAUAUCAAAUAUAAUUAAAACUUACAAACAAUCAGUAUCAAAAUUAAGAGCAAAUUUUUAUAAUUUAAUUAUAAAAGGUAGUAAUAAGAAUUUUUACCUCGAUGUAUUAACUGAAAAUAUGUUUAUAAUGGUAGUAUUAAAAUCACAACAACAACAAAAUGAAGAAUUACUAAUACUUGAUAAUAUCAAAAAUGCAAGAAAAUGGUUUGAAAAAAUUGAAAAUGAAAAUUAA